AUGGCUGAGUCUCAACCACCGCUGGGCUUUAUCGCGAUCGACGUGGUCCUCCAUCGUCCUCCAGGAGACCCAUUCAACGAAGCAACCUGGCCAUUCCCGAUUAUUCGCGAAAAGGCCAAUGAUUCCACAGAGUCACAGGUCGUUUCUGGUAGCAGCUACUCGAAGGACUUCAUCGAUCGUUUCGUCGAUGCUGGCCAACGGCUAGCUGACCGCGGUGCGGUAGGAAUCAUUACUAGCUGUGGGUUUUUAGCGAUGGCACAACCAGAACUUGCUGCACGCCUGCCAGUUCCAGUGGCCACAUCGGCCCUUAUACAAGUGCCUUCAAUUCUAUCUAUCCUUCCCGCCGACCGAGGUGUUGGCAUCAUUACGUUCGACGCUGGCCGCUUGAGUAACACCCAUCUUGAGCGACUGCAGCAUCGACCCAUCUCGUUGCUAUAUACGCGGAGCAACAUCCGGAGGCCCACUCCAGAGACAUAUUCGGAGUGGUGA